AUGCGCACGUUUUAUUUCAUAUUUAUAUCAACAAUUUUCACUGUGCUCACCCUGGCGCCGUAUCGCUUAGUGACGCUGUACCGUACAUUCUUUUACAACGAUACGGAAGUUAGAACGUGCCUUGGUGUCUUUAUCAGUGUGCUCACUUACUACACUAUGGAUCUGAAUCCGGUAGACUGCUUUUAUUAUGCACUCUUCCACAUACUGAAUCCGCUGCUAACGGUUACCGUAUUACCACAGUACCGGUUGCGGUGUUUGAACUUUUUUUCGCUGUCCAAAUUUCAUCGUGGCAGUGAAGAGCUGAGUUACAAAUGCAGCACAGAUAUUUGA